AUGUCCCUCCAGCCUGCCACUACAAAGCAGUAUCUUCAUAGAUAUAGAGUGCUUAGCUCCAUCGCACUCCUGCUCGACGCGCCUACGAAGUACUGUAUUCCCACGCAUCAUGGUGCACACUCGCAUCACGAGGCACAGCUCCAUCCACAGCUCCAUCCACAGCUCCAUCCACAGCUCCAUCCACAGCUCCAUCCACCAGCUCCAUCCACAGCUCCAUCCACAGCUCCAUCCACAGCUCCAUCCACAGCUCCAUCCACAGCUCCAUCCACAGCUCCAUCCACAGCUCCAUCCACAGCUCCAUCCACAGCUCCAGCCACAGCUCCAUCCACAGCUCCAUCCACAGCUCCAUCCACAGCUCCAUCCACAGGCUCCAUCCACAGCUCCAUCCACAGCUCCACAGCUCCAUCCACAGCUCCAUCCACAGCUCCAUCCUCCACAGCUCCAUCCACAGCUCCAUCCACAGCUCCAUCCACAGCUCCAUCCACAGCUCCAUCCACAGCUCCAUCCACAGCUCCAUCCACAGCUCCAUCCACAUACCCUCCCCUACCACCCUCACUACUCUCACCAAACCCCUACCCACCCCUACACCCUCACCACCCUACAACCCCCCUCACCACCCUCACCACCCCCCUCACCCACCCCUCACCCCCCCUUACCACCCCUCACCACCCUAACCCCACCCCCUACACCCUCCUACCUCCAUCACCCCCCCCUCACCCUCCCCCCUCACCCACCCCUACUCCCCAUCACAACCCCUACCCACCCCCCUCACCCACCCUACCCACCCCCUACCCACCCCUACCCCACCCUCACCCCUCCCCUCACACCUCACCCUCCUCACCCACCCCUACCUCCCCCCUCCACCCACCCCCCUACAACCCCUACCCACCAUCACCCACCCCCUCACCCCCACCCAUACCCACCCCUCCACCCACCCCCCUCACCCACCCUUCACCCUCCCCCUCCCACCCCACCCCUCACCUCCCCCUCACCCAACCCCUACCCACCCCUACCCUCCUCCCUCACCCCACACCACACCCACCCCCUCACCCCCUCACCCCAACCUCUCCCACCCAUCACCCCCCUCACCCUCCCUCACCACCCCUCACCCCCCAUUUUCACCAAACCCUCACCCUCCCCCCUCACACCCCCACACCCACCCACCUCACCCACCACCUCACCCUCCCCCUCACCCAACCCAUCACCUCCCCCUUUACCAACCCCCUCACCCACCCCUCACCACCACCUCACACCCCUACCCACCCAUCACCAACCCCCUCACCCUCUCACUACCCUCCCCCCUACAACCCCAUCCUAUCUCACACCACCCCCCCCUCAGUCCCACGCGGACCCCCUGUUGUCUCAUACAUAAACCCGCCGUGCCACCUCUACACUCCCGACCUACCCACACCACCCCAUCACCCCACCCCUGCAAGCCUGAGCCCCGACGUGCUGCCCUCCACCACCCCUUGUGAUCCUCUCACGCAUAUAUCUGACCCCCGCGUUACACACGCCACUCCUUCUAUCCGUGUGUAUCAGCCACCCUGUGUGCUGAUCGCCAUCCUCUACGAGUGUCCUAGAACUCGCGUCAUCGCAAACCGCCGUGUGCACAGUCACAUACAGCCACCACCCAGCACUCACUCACCCAUCUCACCAUCCCUCCCUCACCUCUACCCAUUACCAUCUCUGCUACCACCACCCUCACCCACCCCAUCACCCCACCCCCUCGACACCGUAACCACCUAUCACUGUGUCUCACACUGCGUGCCGAACUAA